AUGACAAUUCCGUUUUCUGUCCGUUUUUACCUUUAUUUCCCUCUUCUUAUCCCAUCCAUACCAUGUUCGAUUUUUCUUCUCUAUCAUUUUCUUACCAACCGAACGCUUCGUCGUGCUCUUAACAAUCAUGUUAUUAUUAUUAUUCUUUUUCUCGGUCUUCUCUACGAAUUAACCGAUGUUAUUUGGCUCAUGCAUUAUUAUCGAGUUCGGACUACCUUAUUUCAAACAUCCGCAUUCUGUCUCCUGUGGGUUUUCAUCGACGUUGGUAUAUUUGUCACAAUAACAAACUUAGUCGCAUGGGCAUCAAUUCAACGACAUAUUCUCAUUUUCCAUGACACAUGGGUCACAACAAAACGAGGUCGUUUAGUGUUUCAUUACAUACCUUCGUUCAUCUGUUUUCUUUAUCCCAUUAUGUUCUAUGCAUACGUUUUCUUUAUUUUUAAUUGUGAUCAACCGCUUAACUAUAAUAUCAUUCGCUGUGGUUAUUCCUUCUGUGCUACAUAUGACCCAAUCAUUGGAAAGCUUGACGGCAUCGUAAACAACAUUUUACCGACUUUCAUCGUUGUUAUAUUUAGUUUCCUGCUUUUUGUUCGUAUAUUAUUGCAAAAGCGGCGUUUACGUCAACGCAUUCACUGGCGAAAUUAUCGCAAAAUGGCCGUUCAAAUAUUAUCCAUUUCUGGUAUUUAUCUUUUGUUUUAUUUUCCAUCAAUGAUUAUAUUCACGUUGUUUACAUGUAACGUGUCGCUGAGUGACGAUAUUUUUGAUUAUUAUGGUUCGAAUAUUUUUUUCAUUCCUCAUAUUAUCAUGAUGAUUCCAUUCGCAACUAUUUUCUCGCUUCCUGAGCUUCGUAAAAAGCUUCAUGUCGCUGUAUAUCCAUGGAAACGACCAGCAGUACACAAUCAUGUUCGACAUUAG